GCUCAGUCGUACGUCCGAGCGUUUAUGCAAAUCCGCCCCCAAAUAUGGACAGACACGAAGGAAUGAAAUAUGGUGGAGAGGCGAACAUGGAGGACCGCGAGAACGCCGCUGGACUGUUUUUAGGGGGGCAGUAGUGGAAGAAAGUGGAUGUUCCUCCCGCGGGACUGUUUCAGCGGAGAACCUCGGUGGAAACUUGCUGUUUUCGCUUCCCUUUCCCCAUCGCGUCGAGGUGGAGUCGCUUUGUAAUGCAGUGAAGACCGACGACUCUCUUUUUUUUUUCGGGGGAGAUAAAAAAAAAAAAAAAAAAAAAAAAAAAAGCAGGGCAGGGGGGCUUCUGCCCGACUCACCGUCUCGACACUAUGCCGUGGGUCAGCAGCGGUAAGCGGAGAGAGAGCUCGGAGCUGCCGCUGCCCGCGGGCUGGGAGGAAGCCCGGGAUUACGACGGGAGAGUGUUUUACAUCGACCACAACACCAGGCAAACUUCGUGGAUUGACCCCAGAGAUAGGAUCACAAAACCGCUAACGUUUGCCGACUGUGUUGGAGAUGAGCUGCCUCUGGGGUGGGAGGAGGUUUACGACCAACAAGUGGGAGUUUACUACAUCGACCACAUCAACAAAACCACCCAGAUUGAGAACCCGCGGACACAAUGGCGGCAGGAACAGGAGCGCAUGUUGAAGGAGUACCUUGUGGUGGCCCAGGAGGCCCUCAACGCCAAGAAGGAGAUGUACCUGAUCAAGCAGCAGCGACUAGAGCUGGCUCAGCGGGAGAUGCUGCGAUUGAACGAGCUUUCUGGGGACAACCACUCCACCACCAGCACUUUUUCCGGCUCGUCUUCAAGUGCGAAAUACGAUCCUGAUCAAAUCAAAGCGGAAAUAGCCUGCAAACGAGAGCGGCUCUCCAGACUGAAGCAGGAGCUGGCCCAGGUGAAGCAGGAGCUGCAGUAUAAGGAAAUGGGAGUGGAGACCCUUCAGGAGAUUGAUAGGAAGAUGUCCUCCAGUCAGACGAACUACAAGCUGGACGAGGCUCAGGCCAUCUUCAGCGAGCUGCGCAGCAUCAAGAAGUCCAUCAGCACAGGCGAGAAGGAGAGGCAGGACCUCAUCCAGAGCCUGGCUAAGCUGACUGCCAACUUCCAGAGCAGCCUGUCCAUCGGCGACGCAGCUGGCGAGGUGGCGAUCAGCACCACCACCGCCGGCGACCCGUACAGUCCGCAGCAGUACUGCGAAACCGGCUGCCAGACGGACAUCAUGGGAGAGUAUGGUUCCCAAGAUUCUUCCCAUUUGGUGGAUAAAGUCAAGCUCAACUGGCAGUACGAAGAAGCCAAGAAGAAGGUGCAGAGCAUCCAGCACCAACUCGCGCAGCUCGACAGCGAGAGCUGGUCGGGCCGCGCCGAGGCGGACCGUGACAGGGACUUCCUGCAGCUCCUGCGCGAGAAGGAGGCCCUCCUGCAAGAGCUCAUCCUGGUCAGCAAGCAGCCGCUCGCAGCCGAGACGCAGCAGCAGCUGGAGGAGGAGCGCGCCAAGCUGGAGGAGGAGGUGCAGAGAGCCCACACCAUCCAGAGCCAGGGAGCCAAUCAGAGGUUGCUGCAGCAGGAGAAGAGGAACGUCCUGCUCAGGCAGCUGCAGGAGGCCACGCGUAUCACCACCUACCUUCAUUCCCAGCUGAAGAGCCUGUCUGCCAGCUCCCUGACGGUCUCCUCCAGCAGCAGCCGCGGCUCUCUGGCCUCCAGCCGGGGCUCCCUGACGUCCAGCCGCGGUUCCCUCAGCUCCAUCAGCUUCAGCGACAUCUACGGCGUGCCGCAGUACGAGCGCCAUGAGGGGGCAGCGGAGCCCCUCGACCCCCACGUCCGUUACCUGCUGCCCCCGGAGAGCGCGUCCAGAGACUGCUCGGUCUUAAGCCCCGAGUACCUGGCUCAGAGCAAGAGCAAGCGCUCGCACGACACCCCGCAGUCCCUGGCCUCCCUCUCCUCCCGCUCCUCGCUCUCGUCCCUGUCUCCGCCCAGCUCGCCCAUGGACACGCCGUACCACUCGGCGCCGCCGGACUGCCCUCUCACCCAGAUGACGGAGGAGUACAUGGAGCAGGCAGGGCGCGGCCUGCUGGAGGAGCUGCGGGCGCAAAGCGUGUCGCACGGCGUCCUGAUGGGCGGCGAGGACAUGGCGAGCCUCGCUGCGCUGCACCAGCUGGACAUCAAGAGCCAGAGAGAGAGCGGGGCUCAGACGGCCUUUACCUCCACAGGGGUGACGCUACGGGGCAACAGCGGCAACCGGAGCAGCAGGAGAGCCAGGCGAGUCUCGGCGGGGGUUUCCGAGGACGCUCUGGCCACGGACAGCGGCGUGUUCGAGGCGUGGGGUAAAAGGCCAGAGGAGUACGACGAGGUUUCAUACGCCAAAGAGACGUCCCCUGCAAGCGAGCCCACCCAGAUCCAGCUAGGACUGCUGUGGGAAUCCACCUCUCGGUCUCUGCGGCUGCAUGUGCUGCAGCUGAAGAGUCUGAACUGUUCGAAUGUUAGAGAAAGCUAUAAAGUGUAUGUGAAGGUCCACUUGAUUCCCCUGGACGCCAGCAGGGCCUGUGCGUUCUACUGUUGCACCGCGUUGGAGCCGCAGAGCCAGAUGACUUUCAACGAAGGCUUCCGCAUCCCCGUCCCCGCCAACGCGCUGGCGGUGUGCGCCCUGCAGCUGUCGGUCUGCUCGCUGGGCCCCCAGGCUCAGGAGGAGGUCCUGGGCACGGCCAAGCUGAGCCUGGCGGACUGCGAGGGAAGCGCCGAAAUGGUUUACCACUGUCUGCGAGUCCAUAUGCUGACCGACUCGCAGAGGACCCUCAGCCGCCGGACCCAUGACAACCAGGAGGACGAGGCGCGGUCCAGAGCCACGGACACCAUUUCCACCCUGCUGUCGCGCUCCUCCACCCAUCCGGAGGAGCGGGGCUCAGAGCUGGAGCUGCAGCACUCGGAGAAGGACGUGCGUGGAGAGGCGACGUCUGAGAGGGGCUGGCAGGCAGAGUCUGCACACAGCGACUACAGCAACAUCACAGCGUUUCCAACUCAUUCCUCGGAGGGUUUGUCCACCGAGGGCGUCUACCUCCCCACCGGGGGGCGCUGCGAUCAGACUCCCAGCAGACACUUUUCAGUAAAGGUUGAGAAGGCCACCAUGACGGAGGCGCCGUUCCCGGAGCCGGUUCAGGUCCGACCCAAAGAGAGAGGGGGUCGCUGGGGUCACGCGUCCCCUUUCAUGCGGGGCAGCACCAUCGUUCGUUCCCACACCUUCUCGCCUGGCGCGCGGAGUCACUACGUCUGCAGGUUAUAUCGCAGUGACAGCGACAGCUCCACUUUACCAAAGAAGUUGCCUUUUGUCAGAAACACCCUGGAGAGAAGAACACUCCGAUACAAGCAGCAGUCGUACCGCUCCUCAUUGGCCGAGCAGCCAACGCGGACCUCCCUGGACCUGGAGCUGGACCUCCAGGCCUGCAGGACGCGUCAGCGGCAGCUGAUGGAGGAGCUGAGCGCCCUGAGGGAACUCAAGCUGCGGCUGGAGGAGCCACAGGCCAGCGACGCCAACGAGCUGCCCUCCUGGGCCCUGAGGGACGAGCGCUUCCGCUGCCUGCUCAGAGAGGCCCACAGACAGGCCAACCAGAGCAAGCAGGAGCAGCGUCAGGAGGAGGCAGCGGAGAGGAGGCUGAGGAAGGCUUCCAAAGAGGUUCUGCAGAUGAGAGGGCAGAACCAGAAGGAACCCCUGCCGGUGCAGACAUUCAGAGAGAAGAUGGCUUUUUUCACCAGACCAAGGUUCAACAUACCUCCUUUGCCAGCUGACGAUGUAUGAGGCUCACCUCCGUAUUUUGUGACUAAACAUGAAGUAUUUGGUUUUUUUUCCCCUGAGCUCAUGAAGUACAGAACAGUUUCUGUUAACGAUACCAGACAUGUGACCUGCAGAUGAUGAAGACCUGAAUGUUUUUGACAUUUUCAGAAGCCUUUGUGUGCCUUUUUUUAUGUUUCUUUUUUUU